AUGGCAAUGUUUUAUACUAUUUGCACAUGCAGCAGGUCAAAGAGAAAUAUGCUCAAAUCUACUACACUUGAAGACAAAUCGGUGACUGGAGAUGAGUUCACAACUGAUAAUGAGGUUGCAAUUGUUAAGAAAUCUCAAUCUAAUUCGAUGUCCCCAUCUAAUGUCAGAAGGCUUCCAGUUGGCAUUACUCAUAAUAGAUCAAAACAGUCAGGGAAGGAAGCGAAAUCACAAGAUGAAAAAACAAGCGACAAUCGAACGAACAAUUUAUCAUUGGAUACCAGUUCAAUGUACGGUAUAACGGAUACGAGUGAAAUGUUAAGUGAUUUUUAUACGUCAGUAAUGGAAAAUAAGAUAGUAACAGUCAUCUCUUUCUGUUCAACUAAUAGUUCACUUUCAAAAUUUCAAAAAUUCAAAAAAUCGAUUACACCGGUAAUCAAAACAUUCACCUUUGGAUGUGGUUAUUUGCGGGACUAUCAAAAAGAUGUCUAG